GGGCCUGUCUCGUGGGGGGCGGGACUUCCGGCUCCUCUUUAGCUUCCCGCGGAGGGGCGAGCGAGGGAAAGAGAAAGCCGCCGCCGCCGCCGGGCCUCCCGCGCCUCCUCUGCCUCCUCGCCGCCGCCGCCGCCUCCCUCAGCCGGGCCUCAUGGAGACGCUGCUCCUCGCCUUGCUGCUGGCCCUCGUCCCGCGGCCCGGCCGCGCCUCCGACGUGCUGGAGCUGAGCGAUGAUGACUUCGACAGCGGCCUGGCUGACCGGAACAUCGCCCUGGUCGAGUUCUACGCGCCUUGGUGUGGACACUGCAAACGGCUUGCCCCGGAGUAUGAGUCAGCUGCCACGAGGCUUAAAGGAAUCGUUCCACUGGUGAAGGUUGACUGUACAGCAAACUCUAACACUUGUAACAAGUAUGGCGUGAGCGGCUACCCAACUCUCAAGAUCUUCAGGAAUGGGGAAGAGUCGGGUACCUACGAUGGUCCAAGAACAGCUGAUGGAAUUGUAACCCAUCUGAAGAAACAGGCAGGCCCAGCCUCAGUUGCUCUCCGUGCUGAAAACUUUGAGAAAUUUAUCAGUGAAAAGGAUGCUGCUGUGGUGGGAUUUUUUAAGGAGAUGUUUGGUGAUGCACACUCAGAGUUCAUGAAGGCGGCAAGCACGUUGCGGGACCAUUAUCGCUUCGGGCACACCAGUGAUGAAGAUCUCAUUAAGAAAUACGAGCCCGAUGGCGAGGGCAUCUUUCUAUUCCGUCCCCUCCACCUGGCAAACAAGUUUGAAGAAAGUUCUGUGCGAUUCUCAGAGGAUAAGAUCACCACCGGCAAGGUUAAGAAGUUCAUUCAGGAUAACAUUUUCGGAAUCUGUCCACAUAUGACGGAAGACAACAAAGAACUCAUCCAAGGGAAGGAUCUGCUGGUGGCUUAUUAUGAUGUGGACUAUGAAAAGAAUCCCAAGGGCUCAAACUACUGGCGCAAUAGAGUGAUGAAGGUGGCUCGAAGUUUCUUGGAUGCUGGGCAUGCACUCAACUUUGCUGUUGCUAGUCAGAAGACUUUUGGCCAUGAACUCUCAGAGUUUGGGUUGGAAAGCACCACCGGUGACGUUCCUGUUGUUGCGAUCAAGACAGCCAAGGGGGAGAAAUACGUCAUGCAGGAAGAAUUCUCCCGUGAUGGAAAGGCUCUCGAGAGGUUCCUCAAGGAUUAUUUUGAUGGAAAUCUGAAAAGAUACCUGAAGUCAGAGCCCAUCCCAGAAAGUAACGACGGGCCUGUGAAGGUGGCUGUGGCUGAGAACUUCGAUGAACUUGUAAAUGAUGAUAGCAAAGAUGUGCUUGUGGAAUUCUAUGCACCCUGGUGUGGCCACUGUAAGAACCUAGAACCGAAGUACAAGGAAUUAGCAGAAAAGCUCAGCAAAGAUCCCAACAUCAUCAUCGCAAAGAUGGAUGCCACUGCCAAUGAUGUGCCUUCGCCCUAUGAAGUCAGAGGCUUCCCCACUAUUUACUUUGCUCCUGCGGGCAGCAAGCAAAACCCAAAGAAAUACGAGGGGGGCCGUGAAGUGAGUGACUUCAUCAGCUACCUGAAGCGAGAGGCUACAUACCCACCUGUCCUGCAGGAGGAUGAAAAGCCCAAGAAGAAAAAGAAAGUACCCAAGGAAGAUCUGUGAGGGGUCUUGGCACCCCCUUGCUUGUGGAGUAGCCUGUUAGCCAACAUGGGCAGACAAAUAGCGCAGCCGGAGCCGUGGGAAGGUGAAGCCACUUCAUUCAGAGGGGACCCAACUGCUGCCAUUGUUUAAUUUUCUGCUCCCUCUUUUCUUAGCUGCACUGGCCAUGGAUGCCCUGGACUGGUUGAUGUUUGGGGGGUGGGGGCGGGCUUGUUUUCUAAUGUUUUGUACAUUUGGAGGAGUGAAACAAUAAAUUACCCCCAAUCCCAA